AUGUCCACUCUUCGAUAUGGAUUAAUUUAUGCAACAAAUAAUAGAGCAUUAAUGUUAGUUGAUACUAAAAUUCAUAAUGAUAUACAUAAAGAAUUUGAGUUCAAACAACAAACAGUUCUUGCUGAUAAAAUUCUUACAAAUGAAGAAAAAACUGAGGCAAUAAGGUUAUUAACUAAAGAUUAUGAUCGAAAUAAAGUUAUAGAUGAUGAUGGUACAAGAAGAAUUUGUGAAAAUUGUAACCAAGAAUGUUUAGCUACAUUAUAUUGUGAAUAUUGUGUUCGCAAUUAUUUAAAAGAAAAUUUUUCAAAUUGGACAUCUGGAAAUGAUGAUAUUGAUAAUUUAAUACAGAAAUGUCAAAUGAAAUCACUUGAACCACGGAAUAUAGUUGAAUGGAUCCCGUAUAGCAAUUUGAAAAAUAUUAAUUAUUUGACAAAAGGUGGAUUUUCAGAAAUUUAUACAGCAGACUGGAUUAAUGGAGAGUAUAGAGAAUGGGAUUCUGAAAAAAAACAAUUAAGAAGAGGUGAAAUACCUGGAAUACAAAACUUAGUGGCAAAAGUAGUACUUAAAACGUUAGAAAAUGUUGAAAGUGCAAAUCAAAGUUGGUUUGAAGAAGCUAAAUCGCAUUUAACUAUAAGUAAUAAAUGGGCGGAUGUUGUUCGAUGUUAUGGUUUAACACAAAAUCCAUCAAAUGGAAAUUAUAUGCUUGUAAUGAAUAAAAUGGAUAUAGAUUUAAGAAAAUAUUUACAACAAAAUCAUAAUCAACUUACAUGGAAAGAUAGAGUUAAUAUUACUCAUAAUAUAAUUCUUGCACUUUAUUAUAUUCAUUAUGAGAAAGCUAUACAUAGAGAUUUGCAUUCUGGAAAUAUAUUAUUUUUACAAUCCUAUGAUUCCUGGUAUAUUACACCCGAAGUUAUUGUUGGAAGAGAAUAUACUUUUGCAUCUGAUAUUUAUAGUAUUGCAAUUCUUAUGUGGGAAAUUUCAUCUGGACAAACACCAUUUAUAAAUUAUGAACAUGAAAAUGAUAUUGUAAUGAAUGUCAUUAACGGUAUAAGACCAAAAAUUGUGCCAGGAACUCCAUCAGAAUAUAAAAAUUUAAUGAAAGAAUGUUGGGAUGCUGAUCCAUUAAAAAAACCUGCCGCUUAUGCACUUUGGAGAAAAAUAAAUGAAAUUAAUUUAUAUUAUCAAAAUAUGCCAGAUGAAUUAUUCAAAUCAGAAAUGGAUAAUUUAGUAAUGAAUAAAGUAGAAGAAAAUUAUACAAGUAGUAAAUUAAUUACAAGUAAAAUUCACAAUUUUGGAAAUCUACCUGAACCAAGAAAUGCAACAGAAGAAGAACAAGAAGCGUUUCAUAGUAAAUUGUAUGAUUUUAACAUUCCUAACAAUGUUAACGACUUUAAUAAAUCAAAUGAGCAGAAUAAUAGCAAAUCAUCAAAAGUAAUUACUAUUUUAGAGUGCACAUAG